AUGUCCGCUGAAAGGAUCGCUGUCGUAUUUGAUGUUGGAUCUCAAUCAACGAAAGCUGGAUUCGCUGGAGAAUCAUCGCCAAGAUCUGUUAUUAACACUGUAGUAGGAAGAUUUCGCCAUGAAGGUUUAUUGGACGGACUUCCAGACAUAUUUUUCGGUAAUGAAGCUGUCAAGAAGAGAGGGUUUUGUGUAUCGAAGUGGCCGGUAAAAGAUGGAAUGAUAGAUGACUGGAGUGAAAUGGAAAAAUUUUGGCAUCAUGUCUUUUAUAAAGAACUUCACGUUGCUCCCGAGGAGGCUCAACUUUUAAUGUCUAUUCAUCCACUUACGCCACAUAGAGACAAGGAAAAAAUGGCCGAGAUACUUUUCGAGACUCUUUCUAUCCAUGGUCUAUACUUGGCCAUAUCAUCUGCACUAGUAUUGCAUGCAAAUGGAAAAACGUCAGGAGUGGUCUGGGAGAAUGGGCAUUCAUGUUCUUAUGUAUCACCUGUUUUUGAGGGAUUUCCCCUUAAACAUGCCACAAUAGAAUCAGAAAUUAAUGGGAGAUCACUGACAAAGAGACUCCAAAAACUGUUAAACGAGAUCGGCUAUUCUUUCACUACAAGUGUGGAAAUAGACAUACUGGAAAAUAUAAAGGCAAAGCUAUGUUAUGUGGCUAUGGACUAUGAAAAUGAAGUACAGUCUGUCAAUCGUUUAAAAGAUAGCGUCCGUUAUGAAUUGCCCGAUGGGCAGCAUGUUUUGCUUUGCGAGGAGAGGUUCAAGUGUCCGGAAAUCCUAUUUCAACCAAAAAUGGACGGGAUGAAUUCCUUUAAUAUAGUGGAUAAUAUUUGUUCCAGUAUAUCCAAAUGCGAUGUGGAAUAUAAAACUUUAUUUUUCGAUAACAUAGUACUUUCUGGCGGCUCAAGCUUAUUCAGAGGGCUUUCCGAGCGUUUGAGUGUUGAACUAUCCAGGCGAGUAUCAGAUAUGCCUGGCAUAAACGCAAAUGUUAGCUCAAUUCCAUCAAGACAUUAUUCCUCAUGGUUAGGUGGAUCUAUAUUAGCGUCACUGAAAUCUUCUCAAGGUUUUUGGAUGACUAAACAGGAAUAUGAAGACAACGGACCCGAAAGAGUACAUUAUAAAUUUUUUUAA